CAUUAUCAUCAGGUAGACGAUUGAAUUAUUGGUGGUGGUUAGCAUCAACAACAACAACCACAAUAAUAAUGAUGAUGAUGAUGAUAAUGGCCACUGAUGCAUAUGAACAUUUAUAUAAAUCAAAAUUUAAUAAACUUCGUCAUAUAACAUUACGUGAUGAUGCAUUUUGUGAAGCAUAUCAAGAAUAUCGUGAUAAUAAUUGUUUGGCAAAAUUAACAUUUUGUUCACCAUUAACUGAUGAACAAACACUUCAAAUGAGACAAAUUCUUUGUGGACCACGGUUUAACCAGGAAGUACAACCACCACCACAUAUACAACCAGAACCACCUGAAUUUAAUGAUUCAACUAUUAUUGAUCCUGGGACAUUAUCGCUGAUACAUGAUUAUCCACCACCAUAUUUUUUAGAUGUACAUCCUGCACAACCAAAUUCAUUUCCAUGGUUGGCUGCAAUCUAUAAUAAUGAACGACGAUUUAUUUGUUCCGGUGCAUUGGUUGCACCAAAAACUGUUAUUACAUCGGCACAAUGUGUUACCGGUAUUAAUGGUGGUGGUGGAACUGGCGGUGGUGAAGGAGGUGGUGCAGGUGGAGAAGGUGGUGGCGAAGAAGGUCAACGACAACAAGAACAACCACCACCCCAGCCAUCAUCAGGAUUUAUCGUUCGAUUUGGUCGUCAUAACCUGAAUGUAUCAAGUGUUUAUGAUAAAGCAUAUGAAUAUGAUGUCGAAACGAUUGAAGUUUCACAACAAUUUGAUCGUCAAACAUUGGAAAAUGAUUUUGCCAUCCUGAAAUUAUCAAGUCCUGUUUGUAAUUUCAUACCAAUAUCAUUACCAAAACGUGAUGAUUGGGAAAAUGGAUAUUAUUUUGGUAGCCGUGCACCAGUUCUGUAUGCAGGUUGGGGUUUGGGUCAUUAUCAAAAACCAUAUCUUCGAUCAUUAUCUGGCCAUCUAAUACCGAAAGAUUCAUGUUCAAAAAAAUUUAAUUGGUCACCCGAUCAAUUAAGUAGUAGCCAUCUGUGUGUUAAUCCACCAAUUAAUGUUUGUGUUGGUGGUAUUGGUACACCAUUAGUAUCAUAUAUUGGUGGUGGCGGUGGUGGUAAUUAUCAUCAACAACAACAUUGUGUUUUGUUAGGCAUUUUAUCAAUGGGUAAUCAUUGUAAUACACCAAAAUUACCAUUAAUAUUUACAAAAGUAUCAUCAUUUAUUGAUGAAAUUGAAAAAUUUAUUUUGGAUGAUUUUCGUUCAAUGAAUGAAACAUCACCAUUAGAUGAUUGUUUACGUUAUAAACAUUAUCAUCAACGACAUCCAUAUUUUCUUUAUCCAUCAAUUCCAACAUCACCAAUUUAUCAUAAUGAUCAUGAUGAUACUGAUGGUAAAUAUAGUGGCGGUGGUGGCGGAGGGGAAAGUGGUGUUAUCGAUGUUAAUAAUAAUGAAUAUCCUAAAUCACAUACAAGAUAUUGAUUGAUCUUUUCGUAACCAAAAAAGUUUAUUUUUUUGAAAA